ACUACGCUUUAUUGAUGUUUUGAGCUAAGUAAGUAGAAACUGAGAUUCAAGUUAGAAAAUGUUUAGCCAAGUCAAAUCCUUUUUUCCUACGGUGGGCAUUUAAGAGUCAACUACAGCCUUAUGUAGCCGCACCUUCAUAUGUCACUCUGUCAUAAACCGCAUAAACGUGUAAGCCAUUUGCCAACUCACGAUUUGCAUGCACGCGCGAGCACCCUUCAUUUCAGGUUUCUACAAGAAUGUUGCCGAUGUGCAAAUUACAUGUUGGAUGAAGACAGCAUUGGCGCCAAAACACUGUCGCUGCCAGCCGCAGUUCGAGAAUUUCUGCACCCCCACGAGACAGUUACGUUCAGUAUUUCUACGACUUGAUAAAGUCCGUAAAUUGUAAACACUAUAUUAAAAGAUCUUGUCAAUUAAAAAUUUAAAAUUACUCCGAAAAAAUGUCAGAUGCAGAUAAACUAAUUAAAUUGAUCCAUAGGACUUUUAACAUUUAUGGGCUUUCAAUAACGAGGAAAUUAAGUACUAUUAUCUCGAAGCAUUUGUUAAAUAAUCCUAAAACUAAUGCCGAGGAAUGGCUUACGAAAAUCGUGGAACAAAUACUGACUCAAAAUCUCAACACACCACACAUCACUUUGGAUCAUAUUAAAAUUGCUCUUCAAGAAACUGUCAAACCCGAAAGUCACUUGCAGAAUACAGAAACUGUCUUCAACGUUAUCAAUGCAUUUAAAGUUCCAAAAAUUGUGUAUGAUUUAAACAAAAAAAAAUAUGUGAUGAGGGAAAAAUGUCAGGAAUUAUUUCCUGAUGCCAAAUUCAAAUCUCAGGUUUUCAAAGACAGGCUGGAUUUAUUGUGGUAUAGAACUUUAAAACAUGCCAUUUUUGCACCUUCUAAAUUUGGAAAAGUUGAUGAAAAAAAAUUGGAAUUAGUUCCAAUUGAAUAUUUACUAAGUGAAUCCAAAACAAAUAAUGUUUGUGUAAUGGGUUUACUGGCUCAACUCACUGAGGGAAUGUAUUAUUUAGAAGAUUAUGGAGGAGCAGUCAAGGUCAAUCUCAAGAAUGCAGUUUAUAGCUCAAGUUUGAUUAUGGAAGGUUCAAUUGUUUUAGCUAAAGGCCGUUACAUAGAUGGAGUAUUGGAAGUAGAAAAUAUUGACUUUCCACCAACUGAAGAUCCAGAUUUAGGCAGAUUAAAUUUUGCUGAAGCUAAUACAUUUGGUGGGCCUCACCCAACAUCUUUGAGAUUAUCUGAAAAAUUAAAAACUUACAUAGAUUCAAAUAGUGGAAAUUACCUCAUUUUCAUUUCUGAAUUUUGGGUAGAUAGUGAAAUUGCGUUAAAUAAAUUUAAAACUCUUCUUUCUGGUUUUUCGGAUUACCCCCCAGUGGCAUGUGUUCUUUUUGGUCAUUUUCUAAGCUCUCCGAUAGACAAGGAAAGUCCUAAACAACUUGAAGAAGGCUUUAAAAAACUAGCGAGUAUAGUAGCAGAGUUUUCUUUAAUUCGAGAACAUACAAAUUUUGUAUUUGUGCCUGGACCUUUUGAUUUAGGUGCCCCAAAAAUUUUGCCACGUCCAUCUAUACCAAAAUGUAUUAUGGAAAAUUUUAUGAAAGUUGUACCUGGUACACAUUUAGCGACUAAUCCAUGCAGAAUACAAUAUUGCACCAGAGAAAUUGUUGCAUUCAGAGAUAACAUGAUAUCUAAGUUAUGUAGAAACACUCUCAAAUAUCCAAACAAACCAGAUGAAGAAAAUGAAGAAGUGGGAGAAAAAGUAUAUGAAGCGUUUGCCAAAUCCAUAAUUCGACAAUCACAUUUAGCACCUCUAUUGUUUUCUGUUUCUCCUGUUUACUGGAAACAUGAUCAAGCUUUGCAAUUAUAUCCAAUACCUGAUCUUGUGGUAGUAGCUGAUGAUUUUCAAGCAUAUACGACUGAAUAUUCAGGGUGUAAAGUUAUCAAUCCUGGACCAUUUGUUAAAGGGAAUUUUUCAUUUACGUUAUACGUACCAGGAGAAGAAAAUAAAGUUGAAGAAAGUAAUUUACCUGAAGAUGAUAGUUAAUGAUUGUUAUUAAAAUGUAUUGUUAGGGAGUUAUAAAAUCACUGUAAAAUUAUUUUAUCCAACAAAAAUAUUUUAUAAUUGUUGUUAUAAUAAGUU